UGAACCCACAAUAUAAAAGGGGGCACAGUAGGUGAAGGUCUACACAUCAGGGGCUUGCUCUUGCAAAACCAAACCAUAAGGCCAACUUGCAGAAGAAAGCAGAGCUUUACUAUGCCCAGCUCAGCACUGCUCUGUUGCCUGGUCUUCCUGGCCGGGGUGGGGGCCAGCCGAGACCAGGGCACCCCAUCUGAGAACAGCUGCAUCUACUUUCCAGAAGGACUGCCCAUCAUGCUUCGUGAGCUCCGAGAGGCCUUCAACAGGGUGAAGAUUUUCUUUCAAGCAAAGGACCAGCUGGACAACAUGUUGCUGAGUACGUCCUUGCUGGAGGACUUUACGGGUUACCUGGGUUGCCAAGCCUUGUCGGAGAUGAUCCAGUUUUACUUGGAAGAGGUGAUGCCCAAGGCUGAGAGCCAGGGCCCAGACAUCAAGGAGCACGUGAACUCCCUCGGGGAAAAGCUGAAGACACUCAGGCUCCGGCUCCGGCGCUGUCAUCGCUUUCUACCCUGUGAAAAUAAGAGUGCUGCAGUGGAGCAGGUGAAGAGUGCCUUCAUUCAGCUCCAAGACAAAGGGGUCUACAAAGCCAUGAGUGAGUUCGAUAUCUUCAUCAACUACAUAGAAGACUACCUGACAAUGAGGAUGAAAAACUAAGACAUCCUAAGAAACAAAACAUCCAGGAUGGUGACUACUAGACUCUAGGACAUAAAUUGGAGAUCUCCAAAAUCUGAUCCAGGCUUCCAGGACAGCCAAACCAGCUCCUUGGAAAACCCUGUCGUACCUCUCUCCUAGAAUAUUUAUUACCUCUGAUACCUCAAUUCCCAUUUCUAUUUAUUUACUGAGCUUCUCUGUGAACUAUUUAGAAAGAAGCCCAAUAUUAUAAUUUUUUUCAAUAUUUAUUAUUUUCACUUGUGUUUAAGCUGUUUCCAUAGGGUAACAUCCUAUGGUAUUUGAGUGUUUUUAGAGAAAUUGUAAGUUAUAUAAGGAAAAAAUAAUGUUUUGGGGGGAGCCAGCUGAAGCUCCCAUUCCAGGUCUGACCACACUUGAGAGCUGUUGGGCUGUUUUCCUGACCUCCCUCUAAUUUCUUUCGUUCUUGGGCUCGGACUCCCAGAGUGUUACAAAGACUCUUACUCUCUUAGGAAGAGAAACUAGGAAGCCCCUUUGAUAAUUAAUAUCCCAGUGGCUCAGAGGGUUUCCCUGACCUCAUUUUCUAACCACUUUGUUCUUGAAAGCUGUGGCCAGCUUUUUAUUUAUAACAACCUAAAAUUGGUUCUAAUAGAACUCAGUUUUAACUAAAAGAAAUUCAGUUCCUCUGGGAAUGUUACAUUGUUUGUCUGUCUUCAUAGCAGAUUUUAAUUUUGAAUAAAUAAAUGGAUCUUAUUAAAA